AUGCGCGUCUCUCUCUUGUCUCGGGUGCGCCCUUUUGGACACGCCCCCCUGCUGCCUCCCCGUCUGCGUCUGGCCAGGGUCCGCGGCGCCACGGGAGACUGGAUCCACCGGAUUGAGCACUGCGAGGCGCUGGAGCUGAGGUUCCAUGUGGGUGCACUGGUGACUCCUGGUGGUGGUGUUUGCGCAGAAAAGUCUAGGUCCCCCUUUUUUGUUUUUUUCGUAGUGUCUGCUGUGCCAGGGGUGUUCUACUCCUUGUCCAGUCGCUAA